CCUCCCUGUACAUGCGGACCUUUACAUUACGGGGCCUGGGGAUCCUGCCAUCAGUGCCGCCCGGACAGUCAGGGAGGAAGGAGGUGAAACUGUGACGUCUCGUGUCAAUAACCUGCUUUUGUAGUUCACGACCUUCACACACGGGCAGAGCAGAAAGUACAGCUGCGGACACUGACAGAUUUGCACCACUCUAUCUCUUCCUUGGUUGUUGGUGAUAUCUUCAAACCUAAACUAUGAACUUUCAAUAGGCGACCUGAUCAAGCUUAGGAAAUUAUACCAAUCAGGUCCACUAAAAGAUUACAUUACGCCGCCUUUUACGUGACAGCGGAGCCAACUGGAACUACACUUGCAAUAGACCAUUACAUUAAGGAUACGAAAAAGCAACACUCUGAAGAACAAUGGCUGUGAACUACACGGUGGAAUACCUCGAAUGCUACGAGUCUGGAAUAUUUGCUCCUGAUACAAUUCCUCCCCCAACUGGCCUUGUUCUUACUGCCGCUGUUCACAUCUACCUAGUGGUGGUCCUGGGCACGCUGUGUAACAGCGUCGCGAUAUGGUGCGUGGUGACCUGCAAGAAAACACGUAUGGCUGUGAAAGUGUUACUGUGCAGUGUGUUCGUGCCGGUGCUGCUCAUCUGCCUGGUAACACGAUCCAUGCGCAGCGAAAUGAUCCUCGCCCUCUUUUACUGUGACAGGGAGAGGAUAACAGUGAUUUACAGAGUAGUCACCAUGGUCUCUUACAGCUUCCUGGCGCAGAUGGAGCUAGCGUGCAUCACAGCCCUCGCCAUCAUCAGAACAGUGGCAGUUUGGUCAUCCAAGAGGCACGCCAUCAAGCUUCGUGUGGCUGUCAUUGUGGUCAUCUCUAUACUAAUAUAUUCUUUCAUCACUGGCGUGGGAAUACUUGGUCCAGUAUUUCUAGACUACAUUGAUUCUAAGCCACUCAAGAACUCCCUUAUCAUCAUCUACUUCUUCACCAAUGUGAUGCUCCCUUUCCUGGUGACAGCCAUCGCAUAUGCCAUGAUGCUGUUUGCUAUGAGACGGAACAGGCAGCGUCUGGCCGCUAUAGAGUCACGGACGACCACUGGCGGGACCCUGGACCAAGCCACGCGAGCAAUGAUAGCCGUGUUCAUCAGCAAUCUGGUCUUUGGUCUCCCACACGCCGUCUAUCAUAUACGAACCACGUUUUCCUUCACGUUGGAGCUUUCGUUUCACAUGCUGUUCUAUACACACUUUGUGGUAGAUCCGGUGGUGUUCAUUUGGUUCAAUAACAAUCACCGCCAGCAAGUGAGGGAAAAGGCACACGCCAUUUGGAACUUCGUGUUAGGCUGCAACAGCCUGGCUUGCUGCAAGUCGUCCUUCCCCAGGGACUCUCUCAGGAAGAUUUCAUCCACCAUAUCCUUGUGGAAGUCAUCGGUUUCAGUUAGUCCAGACUCCUCCAGCUCAGGAGAGGCAGGAACGAUCCAAGUGGCUGGGCGAGUGCUUACCCAUUCACAAGUCUGAAGCUUGUCGGUCAUUUUACAGUCUCACGUAUCACCCUUUCAUUUCAUCGAUUCAGCGCACAGUUAAUACAUGAUAACUAGUGAUGCACUUAUACCUAACUACCAUAAGAAGUUUCCUUGGUGGCCCCAAAACGCACAACUUUAAUUAAUACAAUAAUGCGAGAACUUCAAGAUGCCUAAUGAAUAUUGUCGAAUGUACGCAUGUCACUUUUCCUACCUAAAAGCUUGCAUGGCUUACUCUUCUGUAAUGUUUACUGAGAGGUUUUGUUUUUAUUACCAAUGCAUUGUUUCUAGAGAUUGUUAUUAUCAAUUGUAUACAAGUGCAAAAGUAUACUACCUCAUACUUUAGUGUAAACUGUAGUAUUUUUUAUCAUCCUCGUAAUAACAGUUACUCGGGUAAUUCGUGACACAGA